AUGUCGACCACCAAGAUCGUCUCGCAGGAGCCCGCGCCGGCCGACUUCUUCGCCCAGCCCAACCCCAAGGGCUUCACCAUCGACUUUGAGAAGAAGGCGAGUCUACACUCCAGUUCUGGCAGCGGGAGCGAUAUGGCUGACGAUGUCGCGCGAUCCCGCAGGUCUACGUCGUUACCGGCGGAAACGUUCCGUGGUCUCGGCGUCGGCAUCACCGAGGCGCUCGCGCAGGCGAACGCGACGGUCGCCAUCAUCUACAACUCGGCCAAGGACGCCGACGAAGUCGCCUCGCGCCUCUCGAAGAAGUGGAGCCAGACGAUCAAGGCGUACCAGUGCAACGUCUCGGAUGCAGACAAGGUCAAGUCGACGUUUGCGCAGGUCGAGAAGGACCUCGGCGAGAUCCAGGGCGUCGUCGCAAACUCGGGUAUCUCGGUCGUCAAGCCUGCGCUCGAGUUGACUGCCGACGACUUCAACAAGGUCUUUGGUGUCAACGUCCUCGGUGUCUUCAACACGGCUCAGGCCGCCGCUGCCCUCUGGAUUCCCCGCAAGCAGGCUGGUUCCAUCGUUGUAAUCUCGUCGAUGAGCGACACGAUCAUCAACUCGCCCAUCACCCAGGUCUUCUACAACUCGUCCAAGGGCGCCGUCUCGAACCUCACGCGCGGCCUCGCCGCCGAAUGGGCUCCUCACAAGAUCCGCGUCAACAACGUCUGCCCCGGAUUCAUCGAGACGGACCAGACCAUGCACAUGGAUGCCAACUUGCGCUCGAACCAGUGCAAGGAGGUCCCUCUCGGCCGCUUCUCGAAGCCCUACGAGCAGGCCGGCCAAGUGGUCUUCUUCCUCUCGAACCUCAGCUCCUACCAGACUGGCUCGUCGGCUUACGUCGACGGCGGCUACCUUUGCUGGUAA